UUUACUUGAUCACAACAGAAGUAUUCCUAAUCCUGUCUUUUACUCCUUUGUGUUAGUCUGUUUGUCAAUUAGGUUUCAGUUUGAUCCUACAUUGUCCCGGAUCCUUUCUUCUUAGCUGGGUUAUACUAAUCUUGAGGAGCUUUAUUGUUUAGAUUCUGUCUUGCUGGAGAAUAACGUCAUGAUUUAACAAACCCAGUUGCUCUUAGGGUUUGUUUGCUGCCUUGUUUCUCAAGAAAAAUUAAAAAGGUUCCUUGAGAACCCAUUUCAAUGUUGCAAUUUGCGAGAUACACAUUCCACCAUUUUCAUCAAAAAUACUGUUUCAGUGCUAGUUUGGGUUGUUCUCAAACACCCGCUUCUUUCGGAACUUUCCACAUACACUUGGUGUGCGCUUUUGGUUUGGCUCUGUUGCGCACCUGAAUUUGUGGUGAGAGAUGGGUUGUAUUCAUGGCAAGUGUUGUAGCAGAUACCCUUCGUCUUCAGAUGAGGAGAGCAGGGAAGAAUUGGGUCCUUACGCUCAAACACAUAUUCUUACUAACAGGUCUUUAGAUGUUGCUUAUGUGCCUUGUGAAAAUUUCAAAUUAGAGUACUCUGUGCUUACACAGCGCGGUUUUUACCCUGACUUUCCGGAAAAGGAGAAUCAAGAUAGUUAUUGUAUCAAAAGAGAGCUUCAGGGUAAUCCAAAUAUUCAUUUCUUUGGUGUGUUUGAUGGGCACGGGCAGUUUGGUACAGAGUGUUCGGGUUUUGUUAAGGAUAGGCUUGUAGAGAUAUUGUCAAAUGAUCUUCAGUUGGUGGAAAAUCCUGUGAGGGCUUACAUCUCUGCAUUUUCAACAGCUAACGAGGAACUUCACUCGAGUAAUAUAGACGAUUCCAUGAGUGGGACAACAGCAAUUACAGCUCUAGUUAUUGGUGACAUGUUGUACGUUGCAAAUGUGGGUGAUUCGAGGGGGGUGCUAGCUGUUAAAGAAGGGAAUGCUGUUAUUGCUAAAGAUUUGUCUUCUGACCAAACCCCUUUCAGGACAGAUGAGUGUGAAAGGGUGAAGCUUUGUGGGGCUAGUGUUCUGACUGUUGAUCAAGUGGAGGGCAAUAAGGAUCCAAGUAUUCAGGCAUGGGGCGAUGAGGAGACAGGAGGUGAUGAUCCGCCUAGGCUGUGGGUUCCAAAUGAGAAGUAUCCUGGGACCGCAUUUACACGGAGUGUAGGGGAUAGUGUAGCUGAGAAUAUUGGUGUAGUUGCUGAUCCAGAGGUAUUAACAGUACAGUUAACUGCAAAUUACCCCUUCUUUGUGCUUGCAAGUGAUGGGGUCUUUGAGUUCAUCUCCAGCCAAACUGUGGUGGACAUGGUGAGUAAAUAUGAGGAUCCUCGAGAUGCAUGCUCAGCCAUUGCUGGAGAAGCAUACAAACUUUGGCUAGAGCAUGACAACCGAACUGAUGAUAUAACAAUCAUUAUUGUACACAUAAAAAACUUGUCAGUGCAUGAACUAUCAGAUUCGUAGUGCAACUACUCUAUUCUUCUUCUGCCACUGAAUUCUAUGAUUCUAUUUGUAUUAAUAUCUGGAAGUAGUGAUGAUUGUGUUGGUUGCUAUUUCAAUUCGAAUGGACUUUCAGUUGGAUA